UCUCCCAGCAAAGACAUGGCUUCAAAUGAACGAGAGAUUGUGGUGUGGGUUUGCCAAGAAGAGAAGAUUGUAUGUGGCCUGACAAAGCGCACAACAUGUGCAGAAGUGAUUCAGGCUCUGCUUGAGGAACAUCAAGCAACAUUUGGGGAGAAAAAAGUCCUCUUUGGAAAACCUAGUGAUUACUGUAUUGUAGAAAAAUGGAGAGGCUCUGAGCGAGUCCUUCCUCCUUUGACAAAGAUUCUGAGACUUUGGAAAGCCUGGGGAGAAGAGCAGCCCAAUUUGCACUUCGUGUUGGUAAAGUCCGAUGCUUUCCUUUCUUUUCCAUUGUGGAAAACAGCUGAAGCUAAGGUAGUACAAAAUAUAGAAAAGCAGUGGGAACUCAGCCCAGCAAAUUACAUGAAGAUGUUGCCAAUUGACAAGCAAAAGAAAAUUGUUAGAAAGACUUUCAGGAAACUCGCCAAACUUAAACAGGACAGUGUUCAGCAAGACAGAGAUAAUAUGGAGACACUGAUUCAUUUAAUCAUAUCUCAAGAUCAUACCAUUCAUCAGCAAGUCCUUAGAAUGAAGGAACUUGAUAUGGAAAUCGAAAAAUGUGAAGCAAAAUUCCACUUAGACCGCGUUGCCAAUGAUGGAGAAAAUUAUGUGCAGGACUCAUAUUUAAUGAUCAACCCAAGUGAGGCUGAGCAGCAAGGGAGUAGGGCAGAUGAUCAAAAAGAGAUGCAUGAUUAUUUCAGCAAAAGUGAGGGAAUUUUACAGGUUGAAGAGAGACUAAAACAUCACAAACAAUUAAUAGAGAAGCUGUGUGCUGAAAUAGAAAAAGAGGUACAUGGUAUAUGCUCAGAAAAAAAUGAAGAUGUUGUUCAUACAGAAGGAGCUACUAACACUCAGCUGGAAAACUCAGAUUUGGACAGUGUAAAGUACGAGCUGGAAAAAAGUAUGAAAGAUGGUCUCAGAAUCAAUUCAUACCUGAGCUGCGUUCAGAAAGAACUUACCUACAGAGACUCGCUGCUUCAAAAGAAGGAAAAAGAAUAUGAACUUCUUACAGAAGAAUUUAAUUUACUACAUGUUAAAGACAACAUUGAAGUGAGGCUUCCAUCAAACGAGGAGCUGCCUAAGGGCAGUGGCAUCUCCAGUAACAGCACUGCAGUUCCUGAUUUUGUUCAUAGAGUGACUAAUUUGGACAUAAACGACACUGACUCUGACACUGGAAUUAGCUCUACACACAGUCAGGACUCCGAAAUAACUUCUGGGGACAUGGUACUGUUAUCAACAUAGUUGAAAACAGUCAUGAAUUUAUGAGAAGUCAUUUUUUGGAGGACAUGUUUAAGAAUAGAUGAGACUUGUUGUCUUGGAAGUUCAUCCCUUCAAUAUGUUAAAAAUGUAGCACAGCUCUAGAAAAGUAAACAGUAUCUGUAUGCUUAAAAGUGCACUUGUUUUUAAAAGCACAGGCAGUCUCGAGUAGCUGUGAAUGCAUUCACAGCUAAUACAUGCAAGGCUGUAGGCUUUGCUAAAUCCAGACAGACUCUUCAGUCUUUGUAAUAUUGAUAUUCAGUGAACAGGGGCAUUCUGACUUGUUUGGACCAAAAGCCUGUAGAUUUGACAUCUGUUAAUCUUUAAGUCCACCUCUACAUCUCUCUUAACUUUUUUGAAAAGUGAACUAGAGAUUAUAUGGAGAGCUUGAUCUGCUGUUACAAUAGUUUUAUUCAGCUGGAGUUUCCUUGGCAUGAAGCUGCUGUAAAGGAAUAUAUAAUCAAGCAUAUAGACUCUUAAAAAUAUUUAUGAUGCUUUAAAACAAACAAAAAAAGCAAUUUUGUUUGUGUAACUUAUAACCCAGUUUUGAGUUAAUAGGAUGAUAAUUUCAGAAACACUUCAAUCCCACUUUAAAAAUGACCAUACUCACAUGGAUUGUUAAUUUCCAUUUUCUUUCAGCAGCAUCCAACUGCUGGUAAAAUCCUUGAAACUCCCACACUUCUGCUCUUACUCGGCAGUUGCCGUGGUGAUGCUAUGUGGACACAAUUUCUGCCAGCGGGCAUGUCAGAACUGCCUGCCUCCUGCUUCUGUGAGUUGAUAAAUCCCAAACUCACACCUAGCCCCAGGGGCAUUUUCAGGAAGGCUUUCUCCUGCUUAUCUCAACAGUAGGAUCUAGUGACUUGGGUCUCCUUAGAUCAUGACUAUGAAAUCAAACAUAACACGAGAGACAGGCCGGGACCAGACAUUUUUUACUAUCGGUUCCCAAUGGCCAGGUCGUUAAGCUUCUCAGGUAGCAGACAGAUUGUCAAAUUCUGUCUGAUACUGAUUUGGAGCAGGGAUACAGACAUGAAUUGCUAUUUCCUUGAUAGGAGGACUUAGGAUACAGCUAAAGCUGGUCCACUCUAUAUAUCUAAUUAAAUAUUGGGUCACAAAGGGAACAAAAAAGAAUAGGAAACAUGAGAUUUUUAUAACUAUGUGGUUUACUCAAAUGAUUUAUCUUAGGAUGUAGUCAUUAAUCUCAAAUCCUUCUUCAAUGAAUGCUGCAAAUUCAGAAUUAGGUGUAUAAGUCUUAGUUACUGAACAAGGUUUCUAACUCUGAGCUAGAGACUGCUGACAGAAAGAACACUGAAUAAUUUCUGGGUUGCACACUGAGGAUUGCUAUGUUUAUAUUUUGCAGAUCAAUUUGUUUUAUGCUUUUGAAAAUAUAAUGUAAAUCUGAAUAAGUGAAUUGAAUGGAGAAAUAGUUACUAAAUGAAGUUUAACUCCAACAGAGUUCAAACAUAGCCUGCAAAAAAGAAAGCUUACAAAGUGAGUGAAAGGGCUAUACCUAGAUAGCAUAAAGGUAGAAUACUUCCAGAUGCACUGCUUUCUUUUCCUGUAUUUUUGUUCUCUUAAAUGUUUGCCAGACAACUGUGCUCUGGAAUGACAGAAUUGUCAGGACUGCUGAUUAGCACAUAUUACA